AACGACGCUCUCACUUUUCCCUGCAGCCAAUACAAUAUUCAAACAUACCGCCACCAUCGUGUUAUUUUGGCAGAAGCUGCGAGCUGUCCAAAGUCACCAGCCCAAGAUGCCAGUGGAUAGGAUGAGGAUGCGGCCGUGGCUGGAAGAGCAGAUCAACUCCUGUCAGAUACCAGGCCUCAAAUGGGUAAACAAAGAAAAAAGAAUCUUCCAGAUCCCGUGGAUGCACGCUGCUCGGCAUGGCUGGGACCUGGAGAAAGAUGCUCCUCUCUUCAUGAGAUGGGCCAUACAUACAGGCAAGUACCAGCCUGGAAAAGACCGACAGGAUCCAAAGACUUGGAAGGCAAAUUUCCGCUGUGCCAUGAACAGCCUGCUUGACAUUGUGGAGGUGAAAGAUAAAAGCAACAAAAAGGGAACAAAUGCCUUUAGGGUGUACAAGAUGUUGUCCUCUUCUGAAAAAAGUAUGAAGAAAGGAAAGAAGAAGAUCGACAAGGAAGGUAGACCCAAGGGAAAUAAAGAGACAGUUUCUAAGUCUUGUGGGACUACUCUUCUACACAUCAAAGAGGAACCACAGGAUGAAGUCAAGAUUCCAGACACAACCAGAGCCAUCCCCAGUUUCACAGAAGAUCACUUGAUGGCAAGCGAGCAGCUGCCGUUCGUCUGUCAGACAAUCGAAGUGACAACUGAGAACGAGGAGGAAACAGUUAGCUCGUCUCACUCGUACCCUCUUCAAAUCUCUCCUAGCGCCAGUGACACAGACAGCGACGUUGAGGACACAGAACAGGGUGUCAGUGCAUCCUGGAGGCGGGACCUCGGCAGGUCAGUUCUCAAGGUGUCGCCAUAUCCUCUUCCCGGCAUGGCCACCUUUGUUCGAGGAAGCAAAAACUUCAGAGUAACCACCACGCGAGACCCAAACCCCCUCAUCAGUUAUCACAGCGACGGCUGGACGAAGCCUUACAGCCAGAACUCUCUCACGUCGUCCAUACCCAACCACACUCAUGAGAUGCGGGCCAGCGUGAUCAUGAAAACAUCAGAUGUCACCUAUUCUUAACCUAAGGACAAUGAGUUGAAGUUUUUCUUUAAGUCAGACUCUAACUGAGUAGGGAUUAGGCAUCAGCUUGACUUAUCCGUUAGUUGGCUGUCCCAUUGCCUCAUUGUACACUUCUUAUGUCCGCGUGACGAAGAUGGUCCGUUUGAGUUUGUCAUCCGCAGAUUUCUUCAAACGCAUUUCCCACCAUUUCGACGCCAAAUGUGGACUUUUGACAUGGAUUUUGGUGGUGCAUUUUUUGUUUUCUUUGCAUUGGAGCUGGGGUGACUGCUUAUUGGAGUGGUUGGAAAUCUGUACAAAUCAUCGUAAUUAUAAUAAUCGUUACAUUUAGUACCUAUGAAUUCAACUUGACAAAAACAUGAUUCUGAAAACCGUUUGCCAAGUACCAUAUUUCCUCAAUUAGUUGCACCUCGCCAAAUUGACGCUGUCUCUCAAUUAGUUCCCUAAAUAAAAUCAACUAGUAUGGGUGUCCUGAUCGAAUAUUUAUAUCGGGUUAUAUCAGCCAGCAUCUAAAGCAUCCGAUACAAGUCUGUUCUGCUCCCACAAACUUCUCUUCCUGCUGGCUUUUAAGAGUCUUUAUUUUAAAACACUGUAAAAAUUAACACACAGAAUUAAAGUAUGUCAUUUUAACUUACAUUGAAUACAAAAUAAUUUCUCCAUGACAUUCCAACAUAAAAGAAAUGUAUUGAAAUAAAUGAGCUAGUAGUGGAAAUACCAUAUACAUGCUACUACUGGUGUGGAAUGAAUACAAUAUUUACAGUAUAAACACUUUGUAGGACUCCACAAAAGACAAGGCUGGCACAUUCAACUUACUACUAAUAUUACUUGAUCGAGCCUUUUCUAAAAUUCCACACUACAAAAUUAAGUAAGAUUAUGUAACAUUUGUGCUGAUAUCAGAUGGAUAUCAGUAUCUAUUGGAAGUGAAAAAGUAUCAGGACACCUCUAUUAUCCAUCCAUCCAAUUCUAUAGCUUGUCCCGUUCGGGGUCGCGGGGGUACUGGAGACUAUCUCAGCUGCAUUCGGGCGGAAGGCGGGGUACAGCCUGGACAAGUCGCAACCUCAUCGCAGGGCCAACACAGAUAGACAACAUUCACACUCACAUUAACACACCAGGGACCAUUUAGUGUUGCCAAAUUAGUAUUAAAACCUCCAGCCAUUGGAGAUUGCUUACCAAAAAAUGUACUUAUUUUUAACACACCCUGCCACGAAAUGAGUAAUUACGGUCAACCUGCCGUUUUGGAACUGACCCCAACUUUUGAAAAGACUGUCCUAUAGCAAAGCCUCUGAUUGGCUGUAACUGACGCACUAACUCCGAAGCAUUGUUUCAUACACUGUGUUAGCAAAGAAACUGAAUAAAAUCAGAUAAUUGAAAAGUGGGAUUUGAAACAAUAAUAGAGGGAGUUGGUACAUGCUUGAAACAGGUUUGACCAGCUUUGAUCUUUCAUCCUGUUAAUACUUGCCAGGUUUUUUUCAUUGACAUGACUUCUGUUCCUUUUUAGUGUUUAAUUCAAAUCAAGAGAAAACUACUUGUGAUGCUAACAACUUUUUUGUACAGUACUACUUAGGCCAAGACAACUAUUCACAGAAUCUCAGUCAAAACCUUAUAUAUAUAUAUAUAUAUAUAUAUAUAUAUAUAUAUAUAUAUAUAUAUGUAUGUGUAUGUAUGUGUGUGUGUAUAUAUAUGUAUGUAUAUAUAUGUAUGUGUGUGUGUGUGUGUGUGUGUAUGUAUAUAUAUAUAUGUAUGUGUACAUAUAUACAUAUACACAUACAUAUGUAUGUGUAUAUUAUAUAUACAUA